UUAUAAACACUUCAAACUUUUAAAUUCAUUAAAGUUACGUAUACUUCUCUUACACGUGACGCGCUUUCUGUCGCUCGGACUCAUUCCGGUGCUUGUGGCGGACAUGUGUUCAUGUUUAUGUAACUGUCAGAACUGUUAGUCGCAGCUUCAGCGUCUCAUUCGGACCAACAGUCUCGCUGCUUUGCACUCAAGUGACAUUCCGCUAACCAACUCAGUGCUGCCCCGGGGGCGGGGGGCUCGUCCUCUCUAAAUGCCUUUUAAAAUGCACAGUUUGACUUUUGGCGUAGUUCCGCUUGUGUCGGCGUGUGUUUACUGUGAGAACCGAAAACGUCGGUGUCGCUGUUAUCACUCAUUUUCAAUGUGCGCUCGGCCUGUUGGCGACGCUAGCCGCAGCAGCUAGCCAUUAGGCUUCUUUUUUUUUUUUCUUUUUUUCUUUUUUUUGCGAGCGCACAAAAAAGUUGAUACGGUAGCUUUGGACCAAUGGGACUUGGCUCGUCGCUGUUAUUGACGGGCCCCAAAAGCAAUGUGCGAAUGAGACGCUUCUGACUGACAGGCUGGCGACCAAUUGCCGUGCAGAAUAGGCGGCUUGGUUACGGGAAAAGGCAGGGCUACAGCGGUGAGCCAAGAAGGUAAUGGAGGCUAAAAGAGAGAAACUUUUUUUUUUUCAAGAGAGUCAGCGCUGUCUGGAAGAGGGAACUGAAGUUUGAGUGGCUCCUGUUGGACUCUUGCAAGCCGCGGAUCUCGGCAUAAAAACCCGUCGCACUAUCUGUGAAUUGUAAGGCUGACAGCAAAUUGCAAGAGGAACCUCAAUAGAACUGAACGUCUCAGGAUGCAAGUGACAUCCACAGCGAUGCAAUUUGAACUGUCGGGACGCCCGACGAUCCGUGUCCCCACGCGUGUCAACACCUCAGCCAGGAAUUUUCAUUGCAAGCUCUUUGCAAAAAUGGGGGACGACAGACCUUUUGUGUGUAACGCUCCCGGCUGUGGACAGAGGUUUACCAAUGAGGACCACUUGGCUGUACACAAACACAAGCAUGAGAUGACACUGAAGUUUGGACCAGCCAGGACUGACUCUGUUAUAAUUGCAGAUCAGACACCGACCCCCACUCGUUUUCUUAAGAACUGCGAGGAAGUCGGCCUGUUUAACGAACUCGCCAACUCCUUCGACCAAGAUGACGAAGACAAGAAGGCGAAGAACUCUCUUCCUGCUGCCAACUCUGUGGCUUUAGAUAUGAGCCUGCAGACGCCAUCAGAUGUGAAGGUGAAACGGGAAUCACCUGUGGAAGUCGACUCCUCACCUCCAGGCAGCCCUGAAUCGAUAUCUGGGAAGUCGGACAGCAACCAGGAGCCAGUGGUUAGAGGAAAGGAGACACCACCUAGGAGUUCAGCUCCCACUCCAACCAUUGUCCGCCCAGGUUCUCUUCCACUACACUUGGGCUUUGAUGCCCUUCACCCCACCAUGCCAUCACCCACCUCCGUCAUCACACAGGCUCCGCCUUCAAAUCGCACCCUGGGUUCACCAACUAGCCAUUACCCAAUGAUGAUGCUUCCCACUGGUCAGGCUGUGCCUGUGCUCCCUGGUCCUGUCCAGAUACCCUCCGUCAUUAAUCUGGCUCGACCCAUGUGUAUGGUACCCAACAUUCCUGGAAUCCCUGGUCCUCCUCUGGGAGGCAGCAGCAGCGGCUCCAACUCCCCCUCUGGCUACAGCAUCCACUCAGAGGCCAAGAUGCGCUUGAAAGCAGCGCUGUCGCAGCAGAGCCCGUCAGGUCAGAACUUGGGAUCCAUGGUGAUGGGCAGCAGCCCCAUGGUUCCGCAGAAAGCAGAGCAGAGCCAGCUGCUUGUCCAGCAUCCGGACGCCCCUUCGCCUGCACAACCUCAGGUAUCUCCAGCACAGCCUACAGGUGGGCGUCGACGGCGGACGGCAGACGAUGACCCAGAUGAGCGACGGCAACGCUUCCUGGAGAGGAAUAGGGCGGCGGCAUCGCGCUGCAGACAGAAGCGCAAACUGUGGGUCAGUUCUCUGGAGAAGAAGGCCGAGGAGCUCAGCUCUCUCAACGUCUCGCUGUCGAAUGAGGUUUCUCUGCUGCGAAACGAGGUGGCACAUUUGAAACAGCUGCUGCUCGCCCACAAGGACUGCCCUGUCACCACCCUACAAAAGAAAACUGCUUACUUAGCUGCAGAAGAGAGCCUAAAGGAAACCUCUGAGCCCACAGGGUCCCCGGCUCCGGUGAUUCAGCACAGCUCUUUGGCUCCCAGCCCCUCUGCGAUUCAGAACGGCCUGAGCACGAGAGCCGCAGCCGAGGCCAUGGCCAUGUCGGUGCUCGCAGGAAUGGGUCAGCAGCACCAGAGGGUCGAGGGUGGACCCUCGCACAUCAUCAUGGCUGCACAGUCUCAGUCUGCUGCCAGAUGAUGAGCAGCGCCACCACUGGCCCAGGCUUGGCUCGCCACCCAGGGUAGAAAAGACUCCCACCAUCCACAGCCUUUAGGUCCAAAUUUCACAUCUCCUGCUACCCUCUUUCCACGUCUCCUCUUUUGAUCCUCCUGUGGAGCCAUCAAGCUGUGGCCUGGAGCUCAGCAGCAACAGCAGCAGCCUUCUGGGAACGGACUGAGACUUUUGGGAGAGCUUCCUGUUAACUUUGCCAUAAACUACAGGGGCUGGACUCCGACAUCCCCUCCUCUUUGCCCGCCUGCUCAUCUCCCUCACCCUAGGUGAAGAUGACCCUCUCACCUGGCUGCGAGAACGCGCGUGCAGUAAUCUGCCGUGAUUUUGAACUUCCUAUGUGCACAGUUUCAAACUCAAAGGAGUUGCAUAAACAUUGAUCAAAUCAGAUCCAGCACACAGGACUUUAUGCUGUUUUCAGCUGGGAAUAGUGCCUCGUGCCCCUGGACAUUAAUCACCAUGCCCGCAACCCACACACCCAUCACUGCAUAUUGCAUUCAUCUUCAGCUCAGAAGACGCAAUAACUUUCCCCACUUCUCCUGGUUCCGACGGUCAGCUUCCUGCUAACGGUUCCGCAUCAAUAUAAUCUGAUCAUGGAUCCAAACGCUUUUCCUCAUUUACCGCCUCUUUAUGUUGAAGACAUAUUUUAGCUUAUGUACAGCAGAACAUGAGUAGUUGCUUCAGACUUGACACAUUGCUAGCUGUGUUGUUUGCAUGUGACUUUUCCCGAGUGGGUGUAAAGUAUGUGCAGCUAUCUGAUUUGGCAUAUCAUCCAAUAUCAGUCUCUACAACCAAAAAGGAUUAGAUUUUGAUCUCAAACAAGUUUUUUGUUUUUGUUUUUCCCCCUUAAAUUUUCAAUUUAACCUGAAGGGAAUUUAUCUUCCGCUGUCCGCCAUCUUUCCUUAAAAAUCAGGCAGACCGUUCAGCUGGGUUGGAAGUUGGUUUCCUUCCUUGUUUUUCAUCUUAUAUGAAAUUACUCUGAUCGCAUUUCUGUGUGGGUCCAGGACUUUCUGUAACUGUUAUUUUUCACACUUUUCAGGAUGGCAGAUCAUCCUUGCUGCUUGUUGGAAGUGUGACGAACCCUUUUUUUUUAAGUCGCUGUGCUCUUUACCAAACCUAAACUAAGCCAUAAUCUCUGAGUCUCCAAAGACCGCCUGGUACUUCUUCUGAGACAGGAAGUAGUCUGACUGUUAGUUUGCGUUACAGUGACAGAAUCUAGUCUAUCACUACUUGUUUCUUGCAUUUUGACACAGUCACACACACCCCUGAAAAUUUUGGGGGGGUUUUGCCUUCGGAUCACAUUAGUGCCUCUAAUAUUUCUUCUUAAAUGUCUAAAAAAAUUCUGGUAUUACUAAACAAAGACUCUUGGAGAAAUUAUUUCACAUCAGCCGCUAAUAACUUCCGAAAUCUAUACUUGACAGUUUUUUUUAAUACUGUUUCAGCAACUUACUGUUUUGAAAAUGAAGAAUUAGGGAAAUACUUUACUUGUACUUGUCUGUCAUCUGGUGGAGAAACAGAGAAAAUGUGUUUUCUAGUAAAAGCUUUCAGAACAGAAACUUCUAAAGGUUUAAUUAAAAUUCUAUCCAAGAUGCUCAACUAAAUAUUGAUCAUUUUUUUCUCCCCCAUGAACACAGAAAUAACACGCUUUUCCUGUUGUCCUCAUGCACUUCUGUUCUCUGUUUUGCCUAUGACCAUAUAUUUACAAGAUGCUAUAUUUGAAAAGCAAGAUAUCUCUAUCAUUAUGAUACUUUAAUAUGCACUAAAGUAAGAGUAUAAUGUGGCUUAGUAUUUCUCGUCAUCGGGUCACGUAUGUGCAGCUUUUCUGUUUUUCAGAACAGAAGUUUGUUCAUGACAAUUUUGUAAAAGUCGUACUGUAGAUGUGAAUGGGAAUUUUCUCACCAACUUUAAAACUUUAUGCUCCAACUGAACCUCUCAUCCUACAGUCCCAAUGGCGACCCUGGCAUUUUUUUGUUUUUGUUUUUGUUUUGUUUUACCUGUUGGCGCUAUAUUUAGCCAGCAGUCCCAUAUAGAUUGUUUAUAUGAAACGAAAAUUUUAACUAAUAUAGCGCUCAUAUUUUUGUUUUGUUUUUGUGAUGGGCACCUUUUCUGUCAUUUACUGUUCUUUUGUUUUUGUGUGGUGUUGUAAACACCGUGCAGCCAUUUCUCAAACUGCUUUUGAUUGUACUGAUGAAUAUAGACUAAUUUCAUUUAACACAGCUUGUUUUUAUCGGUUUGUAUUCUUUAUAGAAGAAACAUAAACCUUUUUCAAGAAGAAAAGUCACCACCCUUGGCUGUCUUUGUCUAACUUAUUAUUUUUCUUUAAAUUGGUCAAUUUACAUUUUGCUUUUUCAGUCUUUGCCCUUUUUAAUAUUCAAAUUGUUAUGAAAAUGCAACUCUGGUAACAGUUUCACAUCAUAUUUCUGUUUAUUUUUCACACUCCCAUUGUCAGAUGGAUGAUUUCAGAAAUGUUUAUUGUACAUAUCUGUACUAUAUAAAUAUAUAUACUUUUCCAUGCAUGUCCAAGUGGAAUACCAUGAACACUUUAAAGUGCUGCAGUUUUAAUUAAAGAAACUACAUCAUAAGGAAAUUUGUGGGUCUUUUUU